AUGGCGGAGGAUGUGCUCCGCGCCGAGAGCCUGGAGGCGGGGCGCCCGCCUAGUCUCCUGGGUCCGCUGGGGCGCACCCCUAGCCAAGACCCCGCAGCCCCGCGCGGUUUCCCUGCCCUCACCGGGCGGCCGGAAAGGGCGAAGCGCAGGGACCCGGAGCGGACGCACGAGCUGAGGAAGAGUGGCUGGGCGUGCGGAGCUCCGCUAGGACUCUACUUCUCUAGGGAUGCUUACUGGGAGAAACUGUAUGUGGACCAGCCAGCUGGCAUGCCCCUGCUCUACGUCCAUGCCCUGCGGGACGUCCCCGAGGAGGUGCCCAGCUUCCGCCUGGGUCAGCAUCUCUACGGCAUCGCCUACCGUGCGAGGCUGCAUGAGAACGACUGGAUCCGCAUCGAGGAGGACACAGGCCUUCUCUACCUUAACCGGAGCCUAGAUCGCAGCGCCUGGGAGAAGCUCAGCAUCCAAAAUGGCGGCUUCCCUGUGCUCACCAUCUACCUCCAGGUCUUCCUGUUGUCUGCGUCCCUACGUGAGGGCGAGUGCCAGUGGCCAGGCUGUGCCCGGGUGUACUUCUCCUUCAUCAACACUUCCUUCCCGGCUUGUGGUUCCCUCAAACCCCGGGAGCUCUGCUUUCCCGAAACAAGCGUCUCCUUCCGCAUCAGAGAGAACAGGCCUCCUGGCACCUUCCACCAAUUCCGGCUGCUGCCUGUGCAGUUCCUGUGCCCCAACAUCAGUGUGUCCUACAGGCUUCUAGAAGGUGAGAAUCUGCCCUUCCGUUGCGCCCCGGACAGCCUGGAGGUGAGCACACGCUGGGCCCUGGACCGCGAGCUGCGGGAGAAGUAUGAGCUGGUGGCCGCGUGCACGGUGCGCGUCGGCGCGCGCAAAGAGGAGGUGGUGAUGGUGCCCUUCCCCGUGACCGUGUACGAUGAGGACGACUCGGCGCCCACCUUCCUCGGGGGCUUCGACACCGCCAGCGCUGUGGUGGAGUUCAAGAGGAAGGAGGGCACUGUGGUGGCCACGAUACGUGUCUUCGACGCAGAUGUGGUGCCAGCAUCUGGGGAGCUGCUGAGGCGAUACACAAGCACACUACUCCCUGGGGAUGCCUGGGCCCUCCAGACUUUCCGUGUCGAGCACUCACCCAAUGAGACCUUGACCCAGGCCAACGGCAGCUUUGUGCGGGCAACUGUGCAUGACUACAGGCUGGUUCUCAACCGGAGCCUCCCCAUCUCGGAGUGCCGCUCGCUGCAGCUGGCCGUGCUGGUCAAUGACUCGGACUUCCAGGGCCCGGGGGAGGGCGUCCUCCGCCUCCACUUCAACGUGAGCGUGCUGCCCGUCAGCCUGCACUUACCCAGCGCCUACUCCUUCACUGUGAGCAGGCGAGCCCGCCGCUUUGCCCAGAUUGGGAAAGUCUGUGUGGACAACUGCCAGGAGUUCAGCGGCAUCCACGUGCAGUACAAGCUGCAGCUGUCCAGCACCAACUGCAGUGUCCUGGGGGUGGUCACCUCAGCCGAGGACACCACGGGGACCCUGUUCGUGAAUGACACGGAAGCCCUGCAGCGGCUCGAUUGUUCUCAACUCCAGUACACGGUGGUGGCCACCAACCGGCCAACCCGCAGGCAGACCCAGGCCCCGCUGGUCGUCACCGUGGAGGGGACGUAUGUGGCUGAGGAGCCAGGCUGCCCCCUGUCCUGUGCAGUCAGCAAGAGGCGGCCUGAGUGUGAGGAGUGCGGCGGCCUGGGCUCUCUGACGGGCAGGUGCGAGUGGAGACAGGGAGAUGGCAAAGGGAUCACCAGGAACUUCUCCACCUGCUCCCCCAGCAUCAAGACCUGCCCCGAUGGCCACUGUGAUGCUGUGGAGAGCAGAAAUGUCAACAUCUGCCCCCAGGACUGCCUCCGGGGCGGCAGCAUCAUUGGUGGGCACGAGCCAGGGGACCGCUGGGGGAUAAAAGCUGGCUUCGGUAUCUGCAACUGUUUCCCUGAAGAGAAGAAGUGCUUCUGUGAGCCUGAAGACAGCCAGGACCCGCUGUGCGAUGAGCUCUGCCGCACAGUGAUCGCGGCGGCCGUGCUCUUCUCCUUCAUCGUCUCCAUGCUGCUCUCCACCUUCUGCAUCCACCGCUACCACAAGAAUGCCCACAAGCCGCCCGUCGCCUCCGCCGAGAUGACUUUCCGCCGGCCGGCCCAGGCCUUCCCAGUCAGCUACUCCUCGUCGGGCGCCCGCCGGCCCUCCUUGGACUCCAUGGAGAACCAGGUUUCUGUGGACGCCUUCAAGAUCCCGGAGGAUCCGAAGUGGGAAUUCCCUCGGAAGAACUUGGUUCUUGGAAAAACUCUGGGAGAAGGCGAAUUUGGAAAAGUGGUUAAGGCAACAGCCUUCCGGCUUAAAGGCAAAGCAGGAUACACGACCGUGGCCGUGAAGAUGCUGAAAGAGAACGCCUCCCCAAGCGAGCUGCGGGACCUGCUGUCAGAGUUCAACCUCCUGAAGCAGGUCAACCACCCGCAUAUCAUCAAGCUGUACGGGGCCUGCAGCCAGGAUGGGCCACUCUUCCUCAUUGUGGAGUAUGCCAAGUACGGCUCCCUGCGGGGCUUCCUCCGAGAGAGCCGCAAGGCGGGGCCGGGCUACGUGGGCAGUGGAGGCAGCCGCAGCUCCAGCUACCUGGACAACCCCGAGGAGCGGGCCCUGACCAUGGGCGACCUAAUCUCCUUCGCCUGGCAGAUCUCUCGGGGGAUGCGGUACCUGGCGGAGAUGAAGCUUGUCCAUCGGGACUUGGCCGCCAGAAACGUCCUGGUAGCCGAGGGGCGGAAGAUGAAGAUUUCGGAUUUUGGCCUAUCCCGAGAUGUUUAUGAAGAGGAUUCCUACGUGAAGAGGAGCAAGGGUCGGAUUCCAGUUAAAUGGAUGGCAAUUGAGUCUCUUUUCGAUCAUAUCUACACCACCCAAAGUGAUGUGUGGUCCUUCGGUGUCCUGCUGUGGGAGAUUGUGACUCUGGGGGGCAACCCCUACCCCGGGAUUCCUCCGGAGCGGCUCUUCAACCUUCUGAAGACAGGCUACCGGAUGGAGAGGCCCGACAACUGCAGUGAGGAGAUGUACGGUCUAAUGCUGCAGUGUUGGAAGCAGGAACCAGACAAGAGGCCAGUGUUUGCUGACAUCAGCAAAGACCUGGAGAAGAUGAUGGUUAAGAACAGAGACUACUUGGACCUGGCCGCGUCCACCCCAUCUGACUCCCUGCUUUACGACGACGGCCUCUCGGAGGAGGAGACGCCCCUGGUGGACUGUAAUAAUGCUCCCCUCCCUCGAGCCCUCCCCUCCACGUGGAUUGAAAACAAACUCUAUGGUAGAAUUUCACAUGCAUUUACUAGAUUCUAGCAACAUCGUUCCUCUCUGCACUAUCCUUACUCUCUGUAAUGCUUUUUAAGAGUGUUUCUGAUCUGAAUGAAACCAAAGUUCUCCCUGAACCUUUUUAUUUGUAAAUGUCUGACUUUGCAUCCGUUUACAUUCGGGCAUUUUUGAAACUAUGUUUUUUUAAAAGGAUGUGAAAAUAAGUAUAAUUACCACACUGCCCGGCAACUUAUGAUUAUGGAGAAGAAAGGGAGCUGGGCAGAACUCUCAGGGGAUAUUGAGAAAAUGAUAAAUAAGUCGUCUCUGGGGUGGGUAUGUAUCAAGUCAUAGUACUUCUAAUUUAACUACUGGGAUAAGUUUACCCAAUCUGGGGAGGCAGUUAAUUGAGACAGGAGGAGCCAGCACCACCCUGCCUGCACUGAGGGCACAGCCUGUGGUCACUCCCAGACCCCACCUGGGCGGGCAGGUGGCUCUCAGAGGCCACUCGGUACUAGGGAGCAUUGGCCCGCCCGGCCUGAGCCCCGCCCACAUGCCCACUAUCAGGGAGGACACCUGCAGACUGCUGUUUUCACAUCCUUUGCAUUACACACUGUCAUGACAGUUGUCACUCAUGAAGUCAGUGCUAAAAGCUGGAGCAAAUGCUUUUGAAAGAACAUAGUCUGUGGUGCUGUGGUCUUGCAAUGGACAGUAAAUAUGGUUCUUGCCAAAACUCCUUCUUUUGUCUUUGAUUAAAUACUUGAAAAUUU